AUGGUUGAAAGUGCCGACCACUUCAGCUUUGACCAUCCUCAGAAUCAAGGUUAUGGUGAACAAAAGCGGCUGGCAUACCUGCUGCAAAGCGAUCCCAACUACCACAGGUUAAAAAUUAGGUUCUUAGAGGGCUGGAAACACCCCGGAAAGCAGAUACCUCACAUUCACGCAAUUUUCAAAAUCAUGUUGUCAGAAGCGAGUUUUAAACCGUUUCAUGAAUACAGAGCACACGUUGUCAACGCCCCUUUUCAGAACAACCCAGCCAAUGAACAGUUCUUGUUUCAUGGUACAACCCGAAGCUGUUUCCUAGUCGAGGACAAAUACAAGGUCCGUCUCUGCGACCUCCAGCGGUGUUCUUUGUGUAGGAUAAUAGAUCAGUCGUUUGAUAUUGCGAAAUGUGGUACAAACCACAAUUUCAACAGGUUUGGGUGGGGGAUAUAUACAUCUGCUUGUUCAUCUAGUGAGUCCUUCGUCAAGAUCGUCCCACAAACCUCAACAACAUCCCCAGAAGCAGAUGAUUACAUCAAGAAUACGGAUAAAGCUGGAACAUUACGAGUGGUGUUGGUGAAUCGAGUCAUUGUCGGAAAGCCGUACGAACAGUGUCGGAAUGCUACCAAUUUGGUGCAACCACCGUCUGGGUAUCAUUCUCUUACCGGCACACCUGGCACCAAUCUCAAUUACGAAGAGACUGUCGUUUAUUCAAACGAUGCAAUUCGUCCUGCGUUUCUCAUUGUAUAUGGUGAUGCACCUCCGAAGAGUCAGUCUAAGACGCAGGCUCUCUUGUCAAGGAUGUUCAACACAUCGUUAGUUGGAUAA